AAGGCGGCACCGGCGGGGCGGUGGAGGCACAGCGGGCUGGGACGGGACGGGACGGGACGCUGGGAUCUGCUCUCCCUUCAGGUGCAAAGAUGGGGUGCUUUACCUUUAUCAAGGUCAUGAUGAUCCUCUUCAACCUGGCCAUCUUCCUCAGUGGUGGGACCCUCCUGGGAGUUGGCAUCUGGGUCAAAGUGGAUGGAGAGUCAUUCCUGAAAAUAUUUGGGACGCUGUCCACUAGCAUCCUGCAGGUUGUGAACGUGGCCUAUCUCCUCAUCGUCAUUGGGGCCAUCCUGCUGGUGAUCGGCUUCCUCGGGUGCUAUGGUGCCCAGAAGGAGAGCAAAUGUCUCCUGAUGAUGUUCUUCUCAGUGGUGCUGAUCAUCUUCAUCGCUGAAGUUGCUGCUGCCGUGGUGGCUCUGGUCUUCACAGGUCUUGCAGAGACGCUACUGACGAGUCUGGUGACCCCGCUGCUGAAGGAGAAGUAUGGGGUGGAUGACACGUUCACACACAUCUGGAAUGUCACCAUGACAGAGGUUCACUGCUGUGGCCUGAAUAACUACACAGACUUCAACAACUCCUACUUUUAUGAGACACACCACGGCUACCCCAGGCAGUGCUGUGACAUGCAGGACACCUGCAACAGCACAGUGGCCGCAGAAAUGGCUGUCCAGGGCUGUUUCAAACAGAUCUUGGAAGAAAUCAGGACCAACGCAGGAGUGGCGGGCGGCGUGGCAGCCGGCAUCGCUGCCUUGGAGAUUGCAGCCAUGGCAGUUUCCAUGUACUUGUACUGUCGUCUGGAUGAGAAGUGACCCCCUGAGGCAGGAGGAUGACCUGCC